GUCUUCGAGGCUGUGAACGAGAGCCGCAGCCCGCAGCGUUGCAGUCCCGCAGACCCAUCGGCAUCGGCGGCAUGGCGGCGGCGCAGCCUUCCUCCUCCAAUUCGCUGGCUCCGCCCCUCCGCCGCCGCUCGCGCCGCCUCGUAUUCGACCGCCGCUACGGCUGGAUCUUCGACGAGUGGACGGACCCCGCCGACCAAGCCCUCUCCGGCGGCCGCGGAAUGUUCUGCGCAGUGACGAUGGCGCGGUCGCUGGUGAACGCCGCGGCGUCCUCGGUUACCUAUGCUACAAGUUCAGUUGGAAGAGUUCUCGAAUCCCCCAAAAGUUUCUCUCUGCCAGCAUAUAUGCCUUGCCUAGCAUUUGACAAGAAGCAGCAAGCAUGGUUACGUGAACUUGAAAACUCUGGAGUAGUUGCUGAUCUCAAGUUAAUAAACUGUAGUGCUCAUUCUGUGUUGGAAUGUAUGGCAACUGAUUGCCUCUGCAUGUCAAGGCAACAUGAUCUUUUGUAAGCAAAGUAUCAAAAAAUAUCACUUGUCCUUAAAAAGCAUAGUUUCUAUGCUUUUUGUUCUUAAAUGCAGCUUGAUGACACAAUAGCCUAGUGGUAUGUUUGUCUUCAUUGUACUGAAGGACAAGUAUGAUUUUAUAUUAAAGGAUAGUCAGGGUAGUAAAUGAUAAUUUUAGUAUCCAAUUUA